GCAUCCACAGUCUACCUCGCCACAAACGCACCAAUCGCGAUUCAAAGCCGUCUUGUUUUUCACGAUUUAUGGAACCUGCAGAGCUAGCUAACUACGCGGAGCAAUGGCGGGAGCUUCAGAGCAGGGCCUUAUCAACUCCGUCGCACGGAGGAUGGCGUCCAUUGCAAACCACCUCUCUCCGGCGCAACCAAGUCCGUCCUCUCCUCCUUCAAUUCGCUCCUCGAGUUGCAGCUCUUCCAUGAACGAUAGCUACCACAAAGUUCACGGCGAAGUCCCCAGUCACGGGCCCGUUUGGAGAUUGGCUCCUUCGGAUGAGUCUGGCAAAGAAUUCACUGAUAUCAUCUACGAGAAGGCAGUCGGGGAAGCCAUUGCUAAGAUUACCAUUAAUAGACCAGAAAGGAGAAAUGCUUUCAGGCCUCACACGAUCAAGGAACUUAUUCGUGCAUUUAAUGAUGCCAGGGAUGAUGGUUCUGUGGGGGUCGUCAUCCUCACAGGGAAGGGGACUAAAGCCUUCUGCAGUGGCGGUGAUCAGGCAUUAAGAAAUAAGGAUGGCUAUGCUGAUUAUGAAAAUUUUGGCCGUCUCAAUGUUUUGGAUUUACAGGUUCAGAUUCGUCGACUACCAAAACCAGUAAUUGCGAUGGUUGCAGGUUAUGCUGUUGGGGGAGGAAACGUGUUGCACAUGGUUUGUGAUCUCACAAUUGCAGCCGAUAAUGCUAUAUUUGGUCAGACCGGACCAAAGGUAGGGAGCUUUGAUGCUGGCUAUGGGAGUUCCAUUAUGUCCCGUUUGGUUGGCCCAAAGAAGGCUCGUGAGAUGUGGUUUUUGACAAGGUUUUAUACGUCUACUGAAGCGGAGAAAAUGGGACUUGUAAACACUGUUGUGCCGCAACACUUCCAGUAGAAGAAGCAGAGCGUUUGGACUUUGCACUCAAGUUGCUUUGUUCAAUAAACUCAUGCAUUAUGUGGUUGUCUUUCAUCAGUUAGAUAAGCUGGAACAAGAAACUAUAAAAUGGUGUCGUGAGAUGCUAAGAAAUAGUCCUACUGCUAUUCGGGUCCUUAAAUCAGCUCUCAACGCUGUCGAUGAUGGACAUGCUGGACUUCAGGGGCUAGGAGGAGAUGCAACACUACUAUUUUAUGGAACUGAUGAAGGCAACGAGGGAAAAAAUGCCUAUGUGCAACGCAGAAGACCCGAUUUCUCUAAAUUUCCAAGAUUACCUUAGCAUUGUAUAUUACAGAGUAUCUACAUUCUCAGUAGUUCCGGGUUUAAUUCAUCAUUUGUUGAAAAGAAAUGUUGGUUACUGAUUAUUAUUACCACUGAAAUAAAGGUUAUUUACAAAAAAUGUAACAUAAGUUUAUUGACUAUAGUAUUAACUUUCAAAUAAGCCGUUGUACUUUAUCAAAAACAGAAAAAUCCUUGUACUUUCAAAAACCCCAAUCACCCCCCAAAAGUUGUAAAAAAACACCCAAUUCCUCUAUUUUAAAGGUUACUCUCCGGUUUCUCAGGUCAUUUAGGAUGACAUGAAUAUAUUUGUCCAUUCACCUGCAUUGUUGUUGCUGACCAGAUAUUCACUAAUUUUUUAUUUUCUUUUCCUCGACAUAUUUUGCUUCUUCAGAGUUUUAGGCAUCCACUUUCUCUCCUUUCAGUCCCAUGUUUCAAUUAUAAAAGUAUAAAAGACAAGAAAGAUAAAUUGAUUAAUACUGAGGUCAUUGAUGGGGAUGGUGGCUGUUAGCUCCUUCACUCCUUGCCCUCCUAGCUUUCUCUUCCCAAUGAACAUCGUUAAAGUAGAAGAAAUUGUGCUGCCAGAUGCCACUAAUCCAAUCCAUAGUUCCUGAAAAUCAAAACUGGCGGAGAAACCGAGCAUAGUGCCAACUGCCAACUGCCACAGCAAUACAGCAUUCCUAUGAGGUGAAAACAACUCGAGCUUAUAUUUUGGGAAAAAUACCCGUAUAUUACCAAAACUAGGUAAAAUUCUUAAUCUAUGACCUGGCAUCUUUUUAGUCGGCCGUAUGACCAAAAAUAGAGGGGAAAAAAACGGCCAUCGAUAAUGGCAUUAUUCAAGUACGAAAAUACCCCUCAAAAGGAAACAAGCGUGCAUUAAUAAAAUACAAAUUGAAAAGCAAACGUUUUCAUCGGACUGGGAAAAUUUCGGCGGGGC